AGUCUCCGCAGUAACUUCAUCACGAGUAGUUGGUGUUUUUGGUUCGGUGCGUGGGUGAAAGAGGAAAAAAUUGUCUCUGUUUUUCCUUCCUUGAUUUUACUGAGGUGUAUUCCCUCCUUUUGAGUGUUUUGUGCCACAAUUAAUGGGGGUAGCUUUGUGUGAAAAGUUUGGUGUGAUUUGGUUUCGACGGAGAAAGUAGGUGGGAAAUGUGAAAAGGGAAUUUUGCACAAAAGGAGCAAGAGAGAGGAGAGCAGUGGGAAAGGGCCAUAGUCUAAUCAACCUGUACGGUGUUCCUUAUUAAAAAGUAAUAUUCUAAUUAUGAUGAAGACUUGUGCGCGAAGAAACUGUGGUGUGAGUGCAAGAGACGAAGUUGGUGAACAAUGAGUAGUGCAUCGGAUAUCUCAAAAAGUGCCGGAAAAUCCAACAUGUCCUCUCAUUCAUCAUGCACCGGGAGCACCUGCAGCGAUGGCGAAACAUGCACAUCGUCAUCAUCUGGAGAACCAAAUUUGCCAUAUCCAGGAUUUCCGGAGAUAUCACUCAAAUAUCUGACACAAGAUACAAAACCCAGGAAUUGGUGCCUACAACUCAUCACCAAUCCGUGGUUCGAGCGAAUCUCAAUUUUGGUAAUCUUGCUGAAUUGUAUAACUUUGGGAAUGUAUCAACCCUGUGUUGACGAUGAAUGUGUAACAAAUCGCUGUAAGAUACUUCAGAUAUUCGAUGACAUAAUCUUCGUGUUCUUUGGCAUGGAAAUGACCAUAAAGAUGGUAGCGAUGGGGGUCUAUGGGAAGAAUACUUAUCUAGCUGAUUCGUGGAAUCGUCUGGACUUCUUUAUUGUUCUGGCUGGGGCCAUUGAGUACUGCUUGCAUGUGGAAAAUCUCAAUUUGACAGCAAUAAGAACGAUAAGAGUACUCAGACCAUUGAGAGCUAUCAACAGAAUACCGAGCAUGAGGAUUUUAGUUAUGCUGCUGCUAGACACUCUACCAAUGCUUGGAAAUGUCCUAUUGCUGUGCUUUUUUGUAUUCUUCAUAUUCGGCAUUGUGGGCGUUCAGCUUUGGGAGGGAAUCUUGCGGCAGCGUUGCGUCCUCCAGCUCCCGAACAAUGUUAUACCUCCAAAUGUAUCAUUCUACUAUGAAUUUUCCAAGGAGCAAGAUUACAUUUGUUCGAAGCCAGACGAUUCCGGAAUGCAUCUAUGUUCGAAUCUUCCCGCAUAUCGUGUUGGUCCCCUUGUUUGCAAUGCUUCAGCAGUUCCAUUUUCCCGCAAUUUCCCAACAAAUACAUCAUGUGUCAAUUGGAAUCAGUAUUAUACAAAUUGUACUCAGUUGGGUGGAAAUCCCUUUCAAGGAACCAUAUCCUUUGAUAACAUUGGAUUAGCUUGGGUUGCAAUUUUCCUGGUAAUAUCGUUGGAAGGAUGGACGGAUAUAAUGUAUUACGUGCAGGAUGCUCACAGUUUCUGGGACUGGAUUUACUUUGUGCUUCUCAUUGUGAUUGGAUCAUUUUUUAUGAUCAAUCUGUGUCUUGUCGUAAUCGCAACGCAAUUUUCGGAGACGAAAAAGCGCGAAAUGGAGAGAAUGCGUCAGGAACGUGCGAGAUUUACAUCAACAUCAACACUAGCUUCCAGUACAAAUAAUUCCGAACCAACCACAUGUUAUGCUGAAAUUGUAAAAUAUAUCGCACAUCUGUGGAGACGCUUCAAAAGGAGACUUAUUAAGAAGUAUCAGAAAAAGCAGAAGAGAGAGGGUUUACUUCCGGCACCGGAUAUUCUGACACUUUCACCGAGUAAGAUUAAAGCUCACCAUCCAAAGUGCCACAAAUAUGGUCUAGAGAAGGCUACAAAUAUCAAAGAUCAGCAACAACUGAUAACCGUGAUGGUGCCACUAAAUUCGACAAGCACACCAAAUAAUUCUACAGUUGUGGCAACGACUGUGGGUGGACUGAAUGGGGGUGGGAAUGGGCUGAAUGGCAUUGAAACAACCCUGACAAAUUCAACAGUAAACCAAGUUGUGGCCAGUGAUGGCCAAAUGUCGUCGCCCGAUAACUCAGAAUUAUCAUUGGAUCACUCAAGGAGUAAUUCAGUGAGGCGAAAAAACAUCAAUAACAACAACGGGAAUCGGGAGGAGCAGAAACAGAAGACGCUACUACUUAAAAUUCCAAGCAUGACGGAGUCUGAGCAGUUAUUGAGUGAAAGAUCAAAUUCGGGCUUUCUCAGUCCACCAAUUUCCACAAGACGUCGCUCAUCUGUGAUGUUUAACGAAUAUGUGAUUCUCCACACGCCCCCAACUGUGCCCGAUGCCACGGCAGAGAAGAAUGUGAGUGAGAAGAUGACUCAGGCUGGAGAUGGAAUAUGGCAAGUGAAUUUGCAAAAUACCAUCGGAAGUCACUCGAUGCAAACCGCCCUCGUGGAUUGCUCUGACUUGAGUCUCAAUGAGGCAAUGACAUGUCAGGAAUUGCUGGCAUUUUCUGUGGCAUUUUCUGCUGCUCUACCAACUGGGCAUGGGACUCUUGAGUCAUUUUACACGUCACUGGCACGAAGUGAACAACGCCAAACUCCAGCAUCAGAUGCUACUAUUCCUCAUCAAAAUUCCCACCCAGCACCCACCCAGGAGGAUUUCUCCUGCUGCUACGAAUACUAUCAGAAUGCCCUGCUGGAGGCAGAAAGUCACAGAAUAAAGCAAAAAUCUAGGUUUACACUCACCCUGGUGACCAUCUACAAAGUUGUUACUAAAGUGUUUGGCUUCAUUCAGAAGUACGUGAAGAGAUUCGUGGAACAUAAAUAUUUUCAGCAGGGUAUCCUCCUGGCUAUCCUCAUCAAUACCCUAUCAAUGGGCAUUGAGUACCAUAAUCAGCCGGAUGAACUUACAGCAAUUGUCGAAACGAGCAAUAUUGUGUUCUCGGCCAUUUUUGCCCUCGAGAUGCUACUCAAAAUUAUUGCUGAAGGACCCUUUCGCUACAUUUCAAAUGGUUUCAACGUUUUCGAUGGCGUCAUUGUUGUUCUCAGUGUUGUGGAGCUGUGCCAACAGUUUCUGGGCGAGAGGGAGGGAAAUUCAGGAUUGAGUGUAUUGAGGACAUUCCGACUGCUUCGUAUCCUGAAGCUCGUUCGUUUUAUGCCCAAUUUGCGACGACAACUCCUUGUGAUGCUGAGAACUAUGGACAAUGUGGCUAUAUUCUUUUCCUUACUCAUUUUAUUCAUUUUUAUCUUCAGCAUACUUGGUAUGUACUUAUUUGGGGGUAAGUUUUGUAAAUUUAUGGACCAUACUGGACAAGAAAGGGAAUGCACUUGUCCGGAGAUUGUAAGCAAGCAUCCGCUCUGUGAAUGUGAUCGCAAACACUUUAACAACAUACUGUGGGCGACCGUAACAGUUUUCCAAAUAUUGACACAAGAGGACUGGAACGUGGUACUUUUCAAUGGAAUGGAGAAGACUAGCCACUGGGCAGCUCUAUAUUUUGUGGCCCUCAUGACUUUUGGCAACUACGUCCUCUUCAAUUUACUUGUUGCUAUUCUUGUGGAAGGAUUCAGUUCAGAGCGCAAUGAACGUCGUGAGCGCGAACAGCGAGAACUUGUGAAGAAAUUGCGCGAAGAAAAUCUCUCAGAGAAUAUUAAUGAUAUCUACGAUGAUAUUAGGAGCUUUUCUGAAUCUACAACAACAAGCGACAGCUAUCAAGAUGUUAAGAAUAAGUGGCAUAGUGCUGAGGAAUUGAGGAAGAAUCGUGACUCGGUGUCUGAGCCAAAGUGCAAUAUCCAGAAGCAGAAGCUACUUCAGCCCAAAUUGGACUAUUCUAGUGAAUCUCUGGGCAACAAGACUGUAGUGCCAAGUAGGCAAUUUGAACGUGAUUCAGCCAGCAAUUCGUCAUUUCGCACGAAACCCAAUAAAAGCCACUGCGAAGUGCUAAAGUUGGAUUGCAUUAAAUUGAGUGAACCACCAACGAUAACGACAACCGCAGCUACUCCGCAGGAUUCACCCAAUACCACAACUGAGAUGGGCAGCAGCUUCAAGCCCUGGGAUGAUCCAAAUUUCGAAUGUGCAGACAAACAGUCGAGUCAAAGUAUUCCAUCACUAUUGCAACCACCCUCCCUCCUGGGAUCCCUCAAGUUGCUGGAUGAGAAAGUUCCAGAGUCAAUUUCGCAGACGGACCUGAAGUCAAAGAAUCCCAAGUGUCUCAAUGGGGACACAAGUCCUGAACUGUCACCAUCGAUGUCCGAAGAGACAAAGUCCACCCAGGGGGAGGUAUCAGCUCAGGCAGAAGGUGGAAGUGCAACAUUCCAACGUGGGUCGAGUUUUAAGCGAUUCAACCGAUCCAGUUCGAAACGGAAGAAGGCCAAGACAAAGAGUGAAAGUGAAUCUGGGGAAGUUGUGCUCAACAAUGGCCAUCAAUUGGCAUCGAGUGCUUCCACAUUGGCCACCAAGCAGAACAAUGUGGCACAGCAGAUGAGACGAUCACAUCCGGGCCUUCAGGCUGCCCAUAGGAUUCAAAAUGACACAAAAGACAAUCGUCUGAGUCCACAGAAUUCCAUCAGAAGACCCUCAGUAUCUUCCCUGCGGCGGGCUUCGUGCAUCUACAACAAUGCCCAUUACCACAAUGUAAGUCGCAGAUCGUCCAUCAAAAACUACCCAAGUCCUAACAAUCGCCGCAGGAUGUCUUCCAUUGAGCAUGCCUACGAAAAAGUCUCCAACAUAAAUAUCUACAACUUUGAGAAUCAGCAGAGGCUGGAGGAUCCAAGGAAUUCCAAGAUCAACCUGGAGAUUCUGCAGAAAUCCAUCUCAAACAUCCACAUUCCCAAUCAAGACCCAACGGCGUCUCAACAGGGCCUCGGGGAGGAGCACAGACCUAGACUUAAGAGGAUCAUUGAACACUUUAGCUCCAGAAACUUCACAGAGGAGAGAGAUGACUUUUCCUUGUACAUUUUCCCACCGGAGAACAAAUUCCGUGGCGUUUGCAGUUGGUUUGUCAAUCAAAAGUGGUUCGACAAUGUGAUUCUAUUGUUCAUCGCCCUCAAUUGCAUCACUCUGGCCAUGGAACGUCCCAAUAUUCCGCCCACCAGCACCGAGAGGAUCUUCCUCUCCACAGCAAAUUACAUUUUCACUGUUGUCUUCACAGCUGAGAUGUUUAUAAAGGUCGUAGCUACGGGGAUGUUCUAUGGCCAGGAUGCAUACUUCACUUCCGGCUGGAACAUCAUGGAUGGCUCACUGGUCAUCAUCUCCAUCAUUGACCUACUAAUGUCACUGAUAAGUGAGUCUAGCCCGAGGAUUUUUGGGAUUCUACGAGUGUUUCGGCUCUUGAGGUCUCUCAGGCCUUUGAGGGUUAUCAAUAGAGCUCCUGGACUGAAAUUAGUGGUUCAGACUCUGCUCUCAUCCCUAAGGCCAAUUGGAAAUAUUCUGCUCAUUUGCGUAACGUUUUUCGUGAUAUUCGGCAUUUUAGGUGUCCAACUGUUCAAGGGGACUUUCUACUACUGUGAAGGGGAGCAUAUAAAAGGUGUCAAGAACAAGACGGAUUGCCUGUCAAAUCCCAAUAAUGUGUGGAUCAACAGGAAGUACAAUUUUGAUGAUUUGGGCAAGGCACUAAUGUCACUAUUUGUCUUAUCUUCUCGAGACGGAUGGGUCAACAUCAUGUACACUGGACUGGAUGCUGUGGGAGUUGAUCAGCAGCCCAUUGUAAAUUACAAUGAAUGGAGGCUCCUCUACUUCAUUGCCUUCAUCCUCCUGGUGGGCUUCUUCGUGCUCAACAUGUUUGUGGGCGUUGUGGUGGAGAAUUUCCAUCGAUGUCGCGAGGAGCAGGAGAAGGAGGAAAAGCUGCGAAGGGCCGCAAAGCGUGUCAAACAACUGGAGAAGAGUCGCAAAAGAAUGAGCAUUCCACCCUACUACACCAACUACUCGCCCCUCAGGCUCUUUGUCCAUAGUGUCGUGACAUCGAAGUACUUUGAUCUGGCAAUUGCUGCCGUGAUUGGGCUGAAUGUGGUGACAAUGGCAAUGGAGUACUACAAGAUGCCAAUGGCACUUGAGUAUGCCCUUAAGAUUUUCAAUUACUUCUUCACCGCUGUCUUCAUCUUGGAGGCAAUUAUGAAGCUGGUGGCUCUCGGGAUGAGGAUAUACCUCAAAGACAAGUGGAAUCAACUCGAUGUCGCUAUAGUGAUUCUCUCUAUUGUGGGAAUUGUACUUGAGGAGCUAGAGACAAAUAUUAUUCCUAUAAAUCCAACCAUUAUUCGUGUUAUGAGAGUCCUGAGAAUUGCACGUGUGCUCAAAUUACUCAAGAUGGCCAAGGGAAUACGAGCACUAUUGGACACAGUUAUGCAAGCACUGCCACAGGUCGGCAAUUUGGGCCUCCUUUUCUUUCUGUUGUUCUUCAUAUUUGCCGCUCUGGGAGUUGAGCUCUUCGGACGCCUGGAAUGUUCAGAUGAGAUUCCAUGCCAGGGUCUGGGGGAGCAUGCUCACUUCGCCAACUUCGGAAUGGCGUUCCUCACGCUCUUCCGAGUGGCCACUGGCGAUAACUGGAACGGCAUUAUGAAAGACACCCUGCGAGAUGACUGCGACGACGCGGCAGAUUGUGUGAGGAACUGCUGUGUCAGCACGGUGAUCGCGCCCAUUUUUUUCGUUAUCUUUGUUUUAAUGGCCCAAUUUGUGCUGGUUAAUGUGGUGGUGGCAGUGCUGAUGAAGCAUCUGGAGGAGAGUCACAAACAAAUGGAGGACGAACUAGAAAUUGACAAUCAGCUAGAGAGAGAAUUUGAGAGUCGACAGAAGGAAAAGGAAGAUCAGGAACUCUGUUUGCAGUUGGAAUCUGAUACGAAUUCUCUGCAGAAACGACCUCUAGCCAAGGUGUCCUCCCUUCCGUCGAAUUUCACUUACAGCACUCCGGUGUUCGAGAGGAGAUACUCUUCCCAACGUCGCCAAACAAUUCAGUAUUUUCAGCAGAGUUUGGGUAUGUCCCCAGAUAUUCGGAACUACAACGCAGCGAUGUUCAACAAAAAGGGACGACUUUCAACAGACGAAGGGGAUGGAAAGUUCGCAGGGGUGAAUGGAUUUGAGUUUGCUGAUCAAUUUUCCCGUGGAAAGUAUCACAAACGAAAAUCCUGGAAACCUCGGCUAUCGCAGGACCGAUCUUUCGAUGAGGAACCUGCUGAUGAGAUGCGAACUGAAUCCCACUCGAGUCAGGAUGUACCGGCUCUCGAAAGACACGAGGAGGCUACAACUCAGAGAUCUGCUUCGACAAAAACCCUAACUAAAAGUGCUACAGUUGACAGAGAACCUGAGUUGAUUCUCCUUCCCGAAAACUUCCAAAUAAAUCCGCUAGGUGGCGGCAUUGGAGAUGAGAAGAAAUUGUCAGAAGUUCGAAAAUCAAAUCCCUUCCUCUGUAACAGAUCCUUCUCCACAGACACCGGAAAGUCCUACCUGAGUGUGCCAAAGCUCCAGCCAAGGAGUCGUUCAGGCAGCACCAAGCAGCUCUUUAAGCAGGUGGCUGUUGAGGAGGAUCACGAUGUGGAUGAAAGUACACUUCUUCUGCCAACUACUAGUCUUCUCUCUGGAGACUCAGCCAAAGCGUCGGGAGAGAAGGAGGGUACGGAUCUCAGUGAGGAAGACAAGAUCCAGGAAGAUGAAAAGGAUGCACCAACAGAAGAGACUACAAAGAAGUCCGAUUCAGCGGAAAUUCUGAGAAUCAUCUCAGAAAGGAGACGAAUGGAAAGGAGAGAUACAGAUGACAGUUCAGGGUACAAUGAACUACUCAUUGUGAAAUCCCCCGAGUCAUCGACAGACAUCUAGGGAGAAAACCCAUUAGUCAAUAAGAUCUUAGGUGGUAAGGUUACAUAUUUGAGGUUAUAUUUUCAAGCAGGAUUUACAGCAAAGUUCAUUGACUUUCAUUUGUUAACUGUUUUAUUUUCUGGAUUACGUUUUGAAAACAUCUCACUGCCCAAUUUUUUAUUACUAUAAGUCUACAAUAGGAAGUUCUUUUUCAUACUUUCAAUUUCAAAAGUUUACUUUUCGAAAUCGAAAAGGCAAAGAGUCGGAAUUUAUCUUUUAUUACUUUUAUUCAAUACAAAUAUUAUUGGAGCUGAACCCGUGCUUACUUAGACAUAACUUCACUUCGAAAAUUUAAUAGUAUUCGUGAUUUUCGAAUAUGCCUUACAUUCGUUAUGUAUUUUUAAGUGUUUUUUUUGGAAUUUUUCUUUUUUUUUCUUCUUAAGAGUGCUUAAUUUUACUAUUAUUUGUUCCUUAUUUUAGUAUUAUUUUCCACAAAGCCUUCGGUAAACCACGAUUUCUAAUAUCGAAUCACUUUUUUCGAAAAUAUAAUAUGUUCGAAUUUAUAUUUAUCGAAAAUGCUCUUUUUACUUUCCUCAAUUUCCAAAAAGCCUUCUGUGCAUCACAAUUUCGCAAAUCGAUUGGUUUUUGAAAAUACUUUUUAAUUCGUUAUUACUAUAAAUUUCGAAUUCUUUUCAAAAUGUUUAUUUCGUAAGAUUUUGAAAUCUCAAGAAGCAAUUGAACCUUAGGAUUUAAUUUACGUUCAUUACUUUAUGGUUUCGAUAUUCCACAGAUUUUCGAAUAUGGCUUAGAUUUAAACUGUGUAUUCGUUUUGUUUCGAAAAUAUAGUUUAAUUGGUUAACAUUUAGCUCUUUUGAUGAAAUUUUCUUUCGCAAUUUCAAUUGAAAAUCAUUUGAUUUUUUUACUGUAAAUUUUCUUUAAAAGAGAUAUGCGAAUUCAAUAGUUUCGAACUUGGAAUUUAGAAAGUAUCUGUCAGAAAAUUCAAAAAAUAAAUUAGUUUUCUGAUUGAUUUCUUUAUUUAGAACUUCUUUGUAAUUCUUGUGCCUUUAAAUUCUUAUUUUUGAAUAUUUUAAUAAUUUACUUAUUUAUUAUUUUAGGGCAACUGUAUCAAAUUUCGGCAUAAUUGCAUGCAAGCACCAAAGUCUUAAGUUUGCAAUGUAAUAUUUUUAAUACAAAUUGAUUUUUUUGUUACUUCUUUUUAAGGAUUGUUGAUUGAAACAUUGUGGAUAAUUUAUGGUCUUUAUUUUCUCUAAUAUCAUUCUUAAUUCAUUUUAAAAUGAAUAAAAAUAUAGACAAUGCUUUGGUGCAUAUUUCGGCCACCUUAAUUCUUAUAGUUCCAUGCCCUUCCGGAAUUCUUCCAACGUAUUUUUCAUAUCAUCUCGUUUGUCGAAGCGACAUUUUUUAUUAUUUUUUGCAUUGUAUAAUCUCUAGAGCAUGCAAAAAAACUAAAAAUUGAUGAAAAUUUGAGGAAGAAACAAUAGUGGCCGAAAUUGCAAGCUGGCCGGAAUUGGGUACACUCUCCCUAUUUAUUGAACUAGUGCCAAUUUCUAACAGAGCGAAAGUGAAUGAACUUUGCUGCUGAUCCGCCUUGUUGACUCUCUUUCUCUUUAUGUAGAAAACUCUAAGCGAGAUUUGUUUUUUAAAUAUUCUAACUACUCCACUGAAGGAGAAGAGUUAUGAGAAAGGAGUUCAAUGGUAAAGGUUUCUCUAAAACGCAAAAUUAAGAAAAAACGGGAAGUGUGUAAAAACGGGAUACAAGAACGAAGAAAAUCAUACUCUAGUGCUAUUUAAUGAAAUUUGCCUUUCCUCUACUUUAGAUUUUUACACAAUUGAAUUGAAACAAGUUUAAUAAUAAGAAAAUAAUAAAUAUUUAAAAAAUAGGGAAAUUGAAACAAGGAGGUAUAUAUAUAAAGUUACAUGAGGUCUCUACGUAAUGAAAAUUUAGUGACAAAGAAUUAGAUGAACAAAAAAAGGAUCUUCUCUUUAGAAGUGAGAUAUUUUAUGUUUUUUCUGGUAGACAAAAAAAAUUGUAAAUUUAGGAGGUUGGCAAAAUGCUUAAGGAGUCUGUCAAUUAAUUAUUAAAAAAAAAGAAACAGGAAAAUAGAGCCACAAAAGAUGAAAAAAUCCUUGACCAAAAGAAUUCUCUGAGAAAAUCUCUCUAAAAAAAACGACAAUUAAUAGCAAUAACACAAUAAAAAAAACAAUGAGGAAUAUUUGAAAUGAAGUUUGCAACAUUUUGGACUUUUAGAACCCUUUCAAUGCCAAACAUCAAUCAAAUUUUAAGAGAAGCGAAUGUUAAACACGCGGAAUAAAGAAUAUUAAUCAGGGAUUUAUGGAAUUUUAUGGAGAAAUUCUUGAUUUUUCACUCUUCAACAAUCUUCGAAAACUUUUGCUCAAACAUUUCACAUCGCAGAAGGUGAAAGGUCGUUCUCAAAAGUCUCCAAAGUAAAAGAAAAAGAAUAUAUAAAAAAAAACUUUAGGGUUAUUUUCUACUUAGAUAUUGGAGAUUGCAGUAUUAGUAACAAAAAAAAGUACUUUUCUCAUUAGAUUGAUGUGAGAAAAAAUCAUAAAGUAUUUAAAUUAAAAGAGAAAAGAGUUAAAAAAAAACAGAAAAUAUUUAGUAACAAUUAUAUUAUUGAAAUGACAAUCUUGUAGACGCCUUUUAGAGACUCUUGAAGACAAAUAUUUAGCGAAAAAAAUGAGAUGGGAAAAUAGAAGAGAAAAUAGUGAAACAUUUUUAGUAGAAUUUGAAUUAUGUUUUGUCAAAAGAAAUGUAAUUUAAAUGAAACUAAAUUCCUGAGACCACUAAAGUAUUCUUUUUUGACGACAAAAUAAACACUGAGAACGUUUACGCAAAUAAAGAAAUUUAAACAACUAGUUUGUAGAGAUUUGUCAAAGUUUGUUGGCCUUUUCAACUUGUUUAAGUCUUUUGAUUUUUCGGAAAUUUCCUUUUUAAAUCGUAAGAAGUUUACGCGAAUUUUUUUUUUAAAAGGUUUUAUGCCUAGUUUUACGAACUUUACAAAAAAAUAACAACCAAUUCUACAAACAUCUACAAACUUGUUGGUCUUUUCAACUUGUUUAAGUCUUUUGAUUUUUCGGAAGUUUCCUUUUUCAAUCGUAAGAAGUUUACUAGAAAGAUAUUUCUUUUUUUUUUUUUUAAAAGGUACAUUUUAAGCCUAGUUUUACGAACUUUACAAAAAAAUAACAACCAAUUCUACAAACAUCUACAAACUUUUGACAAAUCUUUACAAAUGAAUCUUUAUUAUGUACAUUGAAAAAAAUCUAAAAUUGUACGUUAAUGUUUUUUGAAUUUUUACUGGGGACUUACGAAAUGGUCGAAAGUCGUAUAACCAACAAAGAAGUUCGUAAAAGUUUGUAAUUUUUUCACAAACAUUGUUUGUAACAUGAUCACUUGACGAGCAUAUUUUUUGUACUUUUACAAACAUUUGUUCGUAAAUAUUCGUAAACAUACAAAUAAUAUUCGUAAAACUUUGUCAUUUGUUCGUAAAUUUUUUCUAAACAAAACUGCGAACAAACUUUUGUUGUCUGUUUGCGAACAUUUAUGAACAAAUGUUUGUAAAAGUACAAAAAAAAUGGGCAUCAAGGGCGUCAAGUGAUCAUGUUACGAACAAUGUUUGCGGAAAAAGUACAAACUUUUACGAACUUGUUUGUUGGUUAUACGAUUUACGAGCAUUUCGGUCCGAAAUAGGAAUUCACAAACAUUUACGAACAAUUUUACAAAAAAAAUUUCUAUGUAGAUACAAACCAAGAACAAAAAUUUCAAAAAUUCUAACUGAUGAGAAGAAAACAAUAAAUUAUAAAAAAAAGAUAAAAGAGCUCAGUGUCUCGCGAUAAAGACAGGACAAAAACUUCUAUAAAUGUCUGUAUUUUACAUUUAUCCCCCAAAAUCUCUUCCUCUCUUUGCCUAAGAACCGCUGUUGGUGGUAAAACAUCUUAGAGAAUUUACUGAAUUUAUUAGUCUUGUAGAAAAAAAGGGGAUUUUUGCUAUAGAAAGCGUGAAAGAAAUGUCUAAAAAAGAAGAACAAACAAAACACAAGAAACUUUCUAACUCUAUUGUUAAAUUUUUCGAAUUCAUCUGUGAUAUUACGACACAAUUUUAGUUUAAUUUCUCAUUUUAUAAAUUCCCUUAACAAAAAAAAACCCUCUAUCGAGUAUUUCACUUUCUCUAUGAAGUCUUCUGUCGACCAACAAUUCACCAACAAUAUUGUAAAUACAUAGACUUAAUAGAUGAGAUUUAUAGAAUUAACACCCACACAUCACAAAGCACUCACUGUCCCAGAAUAAUUAAGGAUCAUUUAUAGAUAAAAUAGAAAUGUAAAUUUGUUGUCAACAUGAAGAUUCAGGUUAGGAAAAAAAAAGAAGAAUUAGUUUUCAAUGACCGUCCGAUUUUCUAUUUAGUUUGCCCUCUUCAGAAAACUUUCAGGACAAAAGCAAUCGUUUCUGUUGAUAAAUUUUGUCCAUGGAUUAAAACGACCUAAACUUGUAUAAACAUAUAUUGCAAAAUCAAUUGUAGCUUUCUGUUGUGAAUUUUGAUUUCCCCAGAGUCAAAAGAUACAAAGUAAAAAAUGAGAAAUAAUGUUUCUCACUAGAAACUACAAAGUAAAAGUAAAUAAAAGAAGUAUUAAAAUGAAGUAAUUUGAGAAAAAGUAGCAAAAGAAUAGAGAAAAAAAAAUUGUUGUUACUUGGCGCUUCGUUAUUUUUUCACUGUGCCUUUUUCUAUUCUGUAUCAUGUAACAAUGUGAAUGACGAGAUAACUAAAAUGUAAUUGAAUUCUACUUGAAAAUGAAUAAAAAUUGAAUGAAAAUGGGGGAAAAAGAAAGUUAAUAAAGUAGGAAAAAUCGUUGAA